UCCCGAAGACGCCACGGCUCCGCCUCGGCUUCCGACAGCUGCGGCGUCUGGAGAAGAUCGGGAUGUUGUCACUUCCGCCGGAGCCGCUCUCUGCAUCCGGGUCGGCUGCUGCCGCUGCCGCUGUGGCUGAGGGACUGGGCCCGGGUCUCACCGUCGGAGGGGAGCGGGCUCCGCUCGGCGCCACCUUCUGCGACCUGGCCGUCAGCCCUACGUCGCCGGCCUGGAGGGGCGAAGAAGACGAGGAGGCCAAGGGUUCCUCCGGGGACCUUGGCUCGCUGGAUUAUCAGGAGCUUGUAGUUGACAUUGAGUCCAGGCUGAGGAUGGAAGGUGUUGAACUUAAGGAAGAAUGGCAAGAUGAAGAUUUUCCAAUACCUUUACCGGAAGAUGAUAGUAUUGAAGCAGAUAUAUUAGCUGUAACUGGACCAGAGAGUCAGCCUGGCCCACUAGAAGUUAAUGGCAAUAAAGUGAGAAAGAAACUAAUGGCUCCUGACAUUAGCCUAACCCUGGAUCCUAGUGAUGGCUCUGUGUUGUCAGAUGAUUUGGAUGAAAGUGGGGAGAUUGACUUAGAUGACUUAGAUACACCAUCGGAGGACAGUAAUGAAUUUGAGUGGGAAGAUGAUCUUCCGAAACCCAAGACUACUGAAGUUAUUAGGAAAGGCUCAAUUACUGAAUAUACAGCAGCAGAGGAAAAAGAAGAUGGACGACGCUGGCGUAUGUUCAGAAUUGGAGAACAGGACCACAGGGUUGAUAUGAAAGCAAUUGAACCCUAUAAAAAAGUUAUCAGCCAUGGAGGAUAUUAUGGGGAUGGAUUAAAUGCCAUUGUUGUGUUUGCUGUCUGUUUUAUGCCUGAAAGUGGUCAACCUAACUAUAGAUACCUGAUGGACAAUCUCUUUAAGUACGUUAUUGGCACUUUGGAGCUGUUAGUAGCAGAAAACUACAUGAUCGUUUAUUUAAAUGGUGCAACAACUCGAAGAAAAAUGCCCAGUCUGGGAUGGCUCAGGAAAUGCUAUCAACAAAUUGAUAGAAGGUUACGGAAAAACCUAAAGUCUCUAAUCAUUGUACAUCCUUCUUGGUUUAUCAGAACACUUCUGGCUGUUACAAGACCAUUUAUUAGCUCAAAAUUCAGCCAAAAAAUUAGAUACGUCUUUAAUUUGGCAGAACUAGCGGAACUUGUCCCCAUGGAAUAUGUUGGAAUACCAGAAUGCAUAAAACAAGUUGAUCAAGAGCUUAAUGGAAAACAAGAUGAACCGAAAAGUGAACAGUAAGUUUGGCAUCUAGUCCAAACACGACUGAAGAAUGUGCUGAUGAAGCAGUGCUUUUUUGCAUUUAUAAUGCAUUUAUUGGUCCUGAUUUUUAUGUAACCUGUUACAAAACUGACUUGACUUUUUCUUAAUGGACUUUUGUAUAAGGGACUGUUCACUGCUGUACUGGUUUGCAGAUCUCUCGAAUUUAGCUCUUUACUAGCUAAUUAUAUUGUAAUCAUUUUAUAUUUUAUAUUGCUAAAUAGCAGAGAACCACACUUUAUAUAAAGCAGUUUUUGCAUUUGUUUAUUAAAUGAUGCAUUUUCUUCAGUAAAAUAUUUAUAUGCCUAAAUGGAAAAGGAAAGAGAUAAUAUAUAUUUUUAUGUUUUUGAGCAAUAUUUUUUAAUGUAUACCUUUCUUAUGGAAGAAUAUGCAGGUAAAUAAGACCAUGAUUUUGUAAAAUGCAUGUUAAAAUUUUUGUUUUUGUAAAUGGUUAAAUACACUUCCUGGGUCACUUAGAAAAUAUGCUCAGAAGGUGAGGGACAGUUAAACUGGUUCUCAUGAAUAUCCAAAGGUCAUGUACAUAAUCUAAAUAGAUUAGUACCAUUCUGAGUUUUUUUCUCACUUAACAUUUAUUUCUUAAUUCAGACACAAAUACAAGUGUAUUGCACACUUUUUUUUUAAACAUAAAGACAAGUCAAAAAGCCAUUUUUAGAAUUAGAGAAUUUAAGAGGUUAAGAAUUGGGGUUUGUAUAUAUGUAUAUAUCAGACAUUUUAUCUUCUGGCCAAAAGUCAGAACUUCAUAAAAUUUUAGGUUUGUUCACUAAUGUGAAAUAAGCUGUGUGUCCAGGGUAUCACUCUCCUGAAUUUGUGUGAGUGCAGUGUAAUAUUCAGAGAAUGUGAUGAGUUAUUCACUGUCACUACUUUUCUUUAGAAAAUAGGGGCUGCUUUUUUAACUACUUUCAAUGUGGGCACUUUACCAAAAUACUUUCAUAUCAGGUGUUUGACCCAGUCAGAUAAGGUGUGUUUUCCCAUUUUCUGUUGAAUUAUGUUGACAGUACUGUAAAUUAAGUUAUUUUGUUAAGUCUUAGAGCAUCAUCAUAUUACGGUGUUUCGCGUUUGGGGUAAGCAUAUAAACUCCUUGGUUAAUUUGGUAAGUACCUUGACUCUACAUUGAAAUUGUAUUUAUGCCCCAGAUAGAACUUAAUUACCCACAAAAUCAUCCAAAAACAACAGGUUGGUCUAAUACUGUGUCACAUACUUGUGUGACGUAUACAUUUGGUAAACUUAGUACCUGCCUAAUUUAAGGGUCACGCCACACUCCAGCCCUUCUUAUAAGGUAAUUUACAAAAGAGUAGUAAAAUUGAGGUGCAGGAGCUAAACCUCUAGGAUUUAUUCUAUCCUAGACUGGCUUUUAUCAUUGCUGUUUUUAGUGUAAAGUUUUCUAUUACAAAAGAGAAUUUCCUUUACUUUUUGUCCUCCUCAGUUAUAAACUUGACACAGUAACCCAAGUCCAAUUAUGGCAGAUGCUGGAGGAUUCCCAGGACGAGACUUUCCUCAGCAGCCUCCUGGCUUCACUUGGAUCCAGCUGCUGUAGGCAAAUCCUGAACUAAUGUCAUUAUAGUCAAUAAAGCUAAAACCAUUAUUGCUUGCUCAGAUCUUAGAAAUACUUUGUGUUCAAAAAGCAAACUAACAGUUUAGGCAUUCCUUCUGAAUUUACGAAUAAAAGAUCAUAUUGAAUUUAAUUGUGAUUAGAGUCUAUAUUUGUAGAGUGCUUUAAGUGACCUUUCAUCAGUAAAAGUAGUCUUUCAUCUAUAAAUUUGGGUCUCAGUCAAACCUGGCUGAGCUUUUUAAAUAGGUGGCUUUCCUCCACAUUAAGUACCCAGUUCUUCAGUUUCAACACGUUACUGUUUAUUGACUUUUGCAUUUGCAAGCAUUGUCCCUGAUCAUAGAUACAACUCGUUGCAAAAGUGGUGCAUUUUCCUACAUAUUUUUUUUAAAGUAGAGGUAGCCUAUAUUCUAUCAGAACAUUAAAAUUUAGAGGGAACAGUGAUAACAUUUGGGAUAUAACCAAAGGGAUGUGCUGUGAAUCACUAGAUAUAAAAGCAUACCUGUUCUAACCUAUACCUUGAUGAAAUCUGGUAUAAUGACAUGCCCCGUAAUGUUUCAUAGCUAUGAGACUUAAGAUCAUAAGUAGGUCAGAGGAAAAGCAUUUAUUAAACUUGUUAUUUGUAAUUACUAGCUAUGUGGCAUUUUCCCCAUAUCAUUCAGUUUUAAUUUUCCAUUACAGAUUGAGGUGAAAGUACAUAUAAUUGUGUUAUUUUAUCUUUCUGCUGGGAUCAUGGUUCUAACUUGUUUAAUUUGAUGCUUACGCCACUAUUUUUUGUUGUGUUUGGGUUCUGAGUGCCUCUUUUUAGUCAAAAGUUUCUCUUAUAAAGUAAUCUGAUUGUG